GUCUGGUAGUUCAGUAUCAGGUCGGUAGGCGGCAGUGGCGCUUUGGCUUUGUGUCUGUUCAUCACAGAAGAAGAAGAAGAAGCACCGGGGGGAAAUUUGACAGUGCGCGAAAGUUUGUUGUUCUCCGGUCACCGACAUUUAACACCAACAAAACACUAACCGUGAGUUUACUGACGCUUACACGACAUGGACCGGUACGUGCUGGUUAUAUCGUUUACCGAAACUGAUGACGGCCUGGUGGAAGAUUACAAAUGUCUGGAGUCAGUAAAGCAGAUAUAUCACAGACUUGUGGACAUCUCAACUCAGGAAUCUGUGAGAGGGAUCUCUCUGUUUCCAGCUUGUUCUCUCAGUGGCAGCCCGUCUGUUCAGAGGUGGUACUUUGCUAUUCAGGCAUGCCAGGGAGCAAUGCAGUUUUGUAGCUCAGAUUGGGAAGAGCUGGGGACAGGCCAACAGAAAACUGACAGCGAGGAGGAAAAGUCUUCUGCUGUGGACUCGUGCCUCAGUUUUCUGAGUAGUCAGGAGACAUCGGACCAGCCAACGCUGACAGAGCUGUUAGAGGAGGCUGCAGAAGGACUGCAUCUACUCUCAGAUAAGCUGCCACCUCCAGGUAAAGCUUUGCUGGAUGUACUUGUGUUAGGCUCUGCAGAACAGUCCCCUCCUAUUAAAGACCUGCUGCCUCUGCUGGGAGCUCUCAAACACAUGUCCUGCUGGCAUGCUGCUAAGAUCACCGUACUCACACAGCACACCACUGGGUGGCAGAAAGCAGCAUCCUACCUGAGUGCUGGUCUGGUAGAGCCUGCUGACCUAGACAGGUGUAUCGACUGUAGAGAAGUAUGGAGGGGCGGCCUGGUUAUCAGGGAGAAGAAGUAUGUGUCGGAGCUCCGCUUUGAUGGCUUUUCCCUGCGCUCUCCAGCACAUCGGAUAGUCGGGUCCAGUCUCUUUCAAGCUUCCUACAUAACUACAGACCAUAAACUACAGUCUGAGGUCUUCCACUACUACACACCAGUUUUAGAUCUGGUUCAGCUGGUUAAUCUGUCAGACCUGCCCAGUUUUCUGAUGUCCGGAACAGAGUUUGAAUUAAGCCUGUCUGGGAAGUCAACCAAAGCUAAACUUCUGUUGGACCAGCUGAGGUCACUGCGAGGAAAGGUUGGAGCAUUGUUUAGCCUCUCCUGUAUAAUCACCCCAAUCGCCCAGCCCGCAGCCAGCCAACUCAGCUCCCAGCGCUGGAGAGAGUCUAUAGCCCGGAGACCAAAGUCCUUACUCGUGCCUGAUGUAGAGGUAAAAGGUGAGAGCGCUCACUACUUCCUGUUGGUUCAGGGCUCGGAGGACGUUGGGUAUGGAGCCUGCAGGGUCAGGAUGUUGCACUCGGACAAUCAAAUCAAUGGGGCUGCUGCCAUGGCAACUGUCUCUGGGUUGCUAAGAGAAAAGUCUCCAUCAUCAUCAUCAGAAGGAGCUGUAGGCAACAUCCUCUGCCCUCUGCCCUGUCUCCAAGGAGACAGUCUUCUGAAGAGAGAGAAGAAGGUGACGCAGGUCCAGAAACUAGUACUCAAAGAAUAUCUCAGACAGAAAGGAGAAGCAUCUGCCUCAACCUCAAUACCUGUAAAUGACUUGAAGGUCAUACUGAGUCAAGCCAGAGAGCAAUAUCUGAAGAUGAUCGACUCCACUCUGCCCUCUGCUGCUACCUGUCUGACAGACAGGCAGGAGAGCACCGCGGGCAAAAACUCAGGUUUUCAGACCGUUUCCCACUUGCAAGCUGACUGGCCUGAGAGGAGCGUCCUCCACAACAUAGAGAACCUGCAGAGGAGACGACAGAAGAGGAGAUUUGGUCUGUUAGGUCCGGGCUCCAGUGACAGUCUGCUGGGUCCUAAAGACAGCCAAAAGAGCUCUCCUGCUUUACUGGACGCCAAAGAACUUCUAAAACACUUCACUUCUGAUGGCCUUCCCACUGGGGAACUACAACCGCUGGCUUUCACUAGAGGUAACAAUGUGUUUCAGUUGUCACCAGACCUCUCUCCCAGGAGAGUCAGCCAGAUGCCCUUCAACAAAGCCUCAGCGUCGCAUUACCACGGCAUAGAGUUCUGCCUGGACAACCAGCGGUCCUUGGACCGGGACCAGGCCUUUGUAAAACUCCAGUCCCGUCUGAUUCGGUAUGAGACUCAAACCACCUGCUCCAAGGAGCCCUGCGCCCUCCCCUUUGCUCUCAGCCCCGCCCCUUCACCUGCUGUGAUGUCAGAACCAGGAAGCGUGCCUGACGGAGAGACUCUGCAAAAUGCUGAUGUAACGCGAUUAAAGCGCAGAUCAUGGGACACAGAUGUUAUCGGAGGUUAUCCUCGCAAGAGGUUGGCAAAGUCAGAGAGCAGUGAGUCCCUCUGUUCUCAGAGCAGUGGCAGCAGCGGGACACACCCUGCCAUAAGGUCUCUACGACAACAGCCAAGCAGAUCCCAGUCCACCUCCUCGUCCAAUAGCCCUGCUUUAUCUUCAGCAGCAAGACGGACAUCCUCAGGUUUGGCGUCUCUUGCCUCUGCUGACAAACCUAAACCUCAACAGCAGAAGACAAAUUAUGGAGAAACAGAUGACAAAUCUGCCAAAGAGUCACGCUCCCAGAAGCACAACAGAAUGCUGCUGGAGGUGGUAGCUAAAACACUCAAACAGCACGGGAUAACUGCCGAGCAUGAGUGCUUUGGGGCCUGCAGCAAAAGACUGUUUGAUAUCUCCAAAUUUUAUCUCAAGGAUCUGAAGACAUCUCGAGGUCUCCAUGACGAGAUGAAGAAGGCAGCCAGCAGCAACGUCAAACAGGUCAUUGACUGGGUGCUGGAGAAAACCUCAAAGAAGUAAAGGAGUAAACACUCUUGAAGUAUAAGUGGAAAAAUGUCUCUUUUGCUUUUUGAUUAGUGGGUUCCAUCUUCCAUCUUUUUUUUAAAGGGCUUUUUUGAGUCACGUUUACUUUUUAAGCCAUUCUUAUUAGUUUUAAAUUGUGACAUUAAGCCUGUUUUAAUGAACUUAAUCCUUUAUUUAAUUUUAUUGUUUUUGUCAGUAAGGCGAUCAUAAAACAGCUUUUUUCAGAUGUAUCAUGUUUUUUUGUGUGUGUGUGUCUAUUCUGAUAAAAUCCCACCGCUCCAGAGCCUUGUAGCAGAAGUACACUCUGCUCUGGCUGCAGUCACUGAGAGGCCACAAGGGCUUCAAUGUUGGCUUCACGUUUCAGUUGUCUUUUCUUUGUAGCUGCUUUCAAAUGUCAUUUUAAAUCCUUUCCCAUGUGUUGUUCCCACACAUUUUGUUUCUAAGUAGAAUAAUAAUUUUAUGGCUUUAUGAAUGUACAUAUUUUAUUUUCGUGUGUGUUCACAUUUUAUAUGUUUGUGUGUUGAUCAUUU